CGAAAUGGGAGUUGUUUUGAUCCGGAGCUGGCACGUGCAUUUCGAGCCGCGAACGCGUUUUUUGUAAAACCGAUGUUUGUAGAACAAAAUCAUGUUGAAAACACAGAAAAAACUAACAGCAAAACCCGUGGCUGCACGGGAAGAAAGCGACAGUGAAUCGGCAGCAGAAAGUAGUGAUGCAGGCGAGGAGUUUAUGUCGGACGAAGAGUUCCCUAUGUCCGAAGACGAUAGCGAUGCGGAAAACGACGAGUCCGGAGAGGGCGAGGGUGAGGGUGAGGAAGGACAAACACAGGAAGCCACGAAAUGGGCGAAAACGAUGGCCAAAUUUCUACGGAAAUCUACGGACGGAAAGAUCCUCUCGAAAGCCGUUACCGAUGCGCAGAAGGAACGCAAAAAGACCGAGUCCAAAACGUACCAAUUCGAAGUGGUCAACGCAGACGGCAAGAUAAAGAAGGAAUCGGUGGCGGCAGCGUCGGCGGGUGGCAUAAAGGAAGAGGAAAAACCGGAUGGCAUGAAACUUGCUCGGGAACUGCUCCAACAGAAAGCCAUGCUCAAACGCGAACGCCAAAAGGACAUCCUUGGACUGCGAGUACGCCCUUCCAUCCACGAUUACGACCGUGAGCGAACCCUGCGAAAGGUGGCCACCAAGGGUACGGUACAGCUGUUCAACGCCGUCCGCAAGCAGCAAAAGGAAGUGAGCGAAAAGUUAGAUGAAGCGGGUAAGCUGGAGUACAAGCGGGAGAAGGUGCUGAAGAGUUUGAACAAAAAGGAGUUCCUCAACGCACUGAUGAACGGACCGAGGGCCAAAUCGGAGCUGGUGGACAAUUUGGUGAAGAAAGAGGAAGAUGGCGAUGUCAAGUCAGAGAUCGAUUCGGACGAAGAGCCUAAGUCCACUUGGGGCGCACUGCGAGCUGACUUCCUUACGGGCAAGAAAUCAGGCUGGGACAAAGAGGACGGAGAGGAUGAAUCCCGAGGUGCCGAUGGACUGGACGAUGGUAUGGAGACGGAUUCCGAUUGAUAGGAAAUAUAUUGCUACGGUAAUC